AUGACUUAUCCCAAUUUUAUCGAAAUGAUGAAAUACAGCAUGCGACGGUGGAUAGUGGUUAUCAUUAAAUGUAUAAAGAGACGGAUCGAAAAUUCUUCUGGUAUUCUGUGUUCUGGUAUUGAACCAAAAUCAAUUGCUCUGCACAAUCAAAACACCAUAGAGGGCUUAAUUGGAAAGUCUAUCUCUCAAUGUUUUAAAUCUCCGUGUACGGGUCCACGAGUGACAACUUUUCAAGGAUUGGCAAAGUAUGCAAACCCUUGUAAUAUACGUUAUCCUAUUGACAAAGAAGCUUUAGAAACACAGUGUCCUAACUUUCUACAGUUAGCAAACUGCGUGGUUUCCAAAAUAGGUGAUGAAACUAAUGAGACUUGUCUUGCAAAGGAGAAAAUUUCAACUGCAAGGGGGUUUUCAGAUCUCAUACCCCAGGAUGCUGCUAAUGUUAGCCUUUGCAUUUCAAAAAUGUCCGAGUUUCCUGUAGAUGCACCAAAUGAAGAUGUAACAACCAUGGGACAGCUAUUGGAAACAAAUGUAAAUCAGACUCCAUUGAUCGUUGGAAUUGUAUUAGCAGUUUUCUUUGUUUUCAUUAUUAUCUUGAUUGUCAGCCUAAUUACAAUGAGAAAAAUGCUUUUGAAAAAGAGAAGAAAAGAAUUACUGCGCCUACCAAGUCUCCCAAAGACAAAAGAGAGUCCAUAUGAGGCCAAUUUUACCUCACCAAAUGACACAUACAUUGACCCAGAUUAUGAAAUGAUUGAGGAACAAGACGAGGGUUAUAAACAUCUGGGUGAACAAAGAGGCGGAUCUUACAUUGAUCCCGAUAAUGCAGAUGGUACUUACCUUGAUGUAGUCCCUACCUCAAACGAAAAAAGUGACGGCAGUUACAUUAAUGUUAACCCUUAUAUAGAGGUAAUAGACGAUGCUACUGAAAAUAACUCUGUAACGGAAGCCCAUCAGGAAGUCUUGCUACCUGUAGAAAACAGUGAGAAUUCCGAAAACAUGACAUCAAAUUAACUUUUAUACAAAUAUAUAUAAAACGUAAUAUACCUUAAGAUGAGCCAAUGUAAAUGUUAUACAAUUGCUAUACGAUAUCGAUUGAAGUUAUUCUUCUUCUGAAAUUAUAAUUUUCAAGCCAUGAAAGAUAAAGAUAUGAAAGAAAAAUUUAAGUAAAGAAAAUUGAAAUCAAAGGAAGUAAAAGCAUUAUUUUCUUCUGUGUUGUCAGAAGAAUAAGUGAUUGCAAGGCAAAUAAUGGAAUUUUAAGAUAUUUUGGUAGAAGGUGAAAAGUAAAAUCAGAUUGGACUUUAUACUAUUUGAUUGCUUGAUUUGAUUUGAAGAGGAAAAAUUUCAAACUUUAUUAUUCUGUGAAAAAAAAAAAUUAAAAAUGAUAUGUCAAAUUUCUAAACGGUAUAAAUUCGGCUGCUUUGAAUUCAGAUUUCGAUUUUUACGCGCAGAGAGAGAGAGAGAGAGAGAGAGAGAGAGAGAGAGAGAGAGAGAGAGAGAGAGAGAGAGAGAGAGAGAGAGAGAGAGAGACCUAAUACCUUACAAUACUGCGAUUAAAAUCUAAACACAAUUCUAAAAGAGAAUUUGAAAAAAGAAAUAAAACUAUCUUUUUAAUCUUCAUACAUGUAUUAUAAUUGAUAGACAAUAAGCUGAACAUUAAUGACAUUUAUUGUAAACUCGGCUGCUUUGAUUUACUGCUUUAUUGAAUGAAUGAAAUGAAACAUAUGGUAAUCCAAAAGGAAUGCGUGUAAUUAAUAAUCCACAAUUAUUGUAAUUUAAUUGAUAACAAAGUAAAAUGACGUAAUAUUUUUAAUUCUAAUGUGAUUUCAAUCCUAUUCAGUUACACUUAGUAUGCUUUACCGCUGAGAAACACUGAAACUAAAACUAAAACUGAAACUAAGAUUAGGUAAACUGUAAACAGAAAUUCCUCUUGUAUCUUCUUUCUCAUGAAACCUAAAUCAAUAAAUCA